AUGGAUGUGCGCGGCAAAGCAAUUCUCAAAGAUGGGCGCAAGAUUGUCUUGGAGCUUGAACCAGGUGUUGCCCCACAACCUUCUACCACUCCUCCGCAUCCAGAUGCUUUAGUCCAAGAGAUUGCUGACGGAAAGUUGUUGGUUCAUCCUUCCAAAGCCCAAAUCACUGUUCGCCGCAUCCAAAUGCAGAUUUGUAACAUUCAGCGUGGAUUGCGGCUGUUGAUUGGGGCAGAAGGACAGUGGAGCAAUGAAGCAGAUGAAAGGCUCAAGUCAUGGUUCUUGCGUGCAGAAAGGAAGAAGAAUCGCACCGACACACCUUCGCCUAGUCCUAGUGCCUUGGAAGAUGCUUCUUCUUCCAGGCGCCUUGCCUUGGAAGAUCCUUCUUCUUCUACACCCCUUGCCUUGGAAAAUGUCAAGCCUGAGAAUUCUUCUGUGGAGAACCAUGCUACCAAUGCCUUGGACGAUGACAACCCUACAGCCAUCAUUUGUGAGGAUUCCUAUGUGGACAACCAUGGUGCCAAUGUCUUGGACGAUGACAAGCCUGCUGUUGAGUCUCCUACCGGUGAGGUUGAAGCUGAUGUCUUGGACGAUGCCAAGCCUGCUGUUGAGUCUCCUACCGGUGAGGUUGAAGCUGCGGAGGAUCACCAUAGUUCCAAUGGCGCUGAUUCAAGCGAUGCGUCGUCAACAUCUUCCUCUUCGUCAGCGGCUACCAGACUUCGUGCAACGAUUCAGCGCUCAGUGUCUGCUCUCCAGGAGAUCCAUGACAUUGUUAGUGACAGUUGCCCAGAUUGUGCAGAUGCCCUGUUGCAAAUCCAAGAUUCACUAGCACAGGUGAAAUUUGCGGGCGAAGAGGGGCAAGAUGAAGGCGGCGUGCGCCGGGAAUUCUUUCAGGUGCUGAUCCGACGGCUCUUUGACGAGGCUCCCGUUUUGGGCGCCCCUGAAAUGACCCGGGCCCGGCGGGCCGCCCUCGUUGCAGCCGUUUGA